AUGUUUAAAUUAUUUGUUUCAGUUACCAACUUAUGGAGGGAGCAACAAAAAGAUCAAGCUAAACUUGAAUUGGUUGAGCGCCUUUGGAAAAUAGUAAUACAACAACCUCAUGAGAAAAUAUCCGAGAUUCUAUCUCACCCUCAGCCUCGACUGCUCUUCGUGGCUAUAGAGUUAGGAAACUACGAGUUUGUGACCACACUAAUUCGCCAUUACCCGGACCUAAUAUGGGAAUUAGAUGAAGAAAAUCGAACCAUAUUUCAUGCUGCUAUCCAAUGCCGCCAAGAGAAAAUCUUUAGUCAUAUUCGCCAAAUAGGUAGUAUCAACCAUUCACUUGCAGCUUACAAGAAUCCUAAUAACGGAAAUAAUAUUCUUCAUCUAGCAGCCAAUUUACCUUGCACUGACAGACUCAACGUUGUUUCUGGGGCUGCCCUUCAAAUGCAACGUGAACUCUUAUGGUUUCAGACACAGGCCGUUGAAAAUAUUGUACAACGAGAAUAUGCUGAUGCAAAAAACAAUCCACCAAUCUCAAACAAAGGAAGAUCUGAAUGCAAAGAAACACCUCGAACAUUGUUCACUAGAGAGCAUAGAUUGCUAAGGAAAGAAGGGGAGAAAUGGAUGCGAGACACUGCAACUUCAUGUAUGGUUGUUGCAACUCUAGUCACAGCAGUCGUCUUCCAAGCAAUCUUUCAACCACCUUCACCUAGUAAUAAUAACCAAAACAAAAAGUUAUUUUGGAUGUUUGUAGCAUCGGAUGCAUUUUCAUUAUUGGCUUCAACUGGCUCGAUCUUGACAUUCCUUUCCAUCUUGACCUCAAGGUACGCCGAGGAGGAUUUUCUAGUAUCGUUGCCUCUCAAAUUAAUAGUUGGGUUGGCAUUACUUUUCUUCUCUAUAAUGACAAUGUUGUUAGCCUUCACCGUGGCUAUUGUCAUCAUCUACCCACAACGAAUGUUAUGGAUAACUAUCGCUAUCCUAGCAUGGAUCAUUGGUGGCUCCUAUAUUUUGCAGCAUCUUCCAUUGUUGGUUGAUGUUUAUAGUUCAACAUUUGGAUCUAAUUAUAUUUUUCAACCUCAACAAGAGCUCUUUCGAGAUUCAUGAAUUAAGAAGCGAAUGUAAUUAAAUAUUUCGAUAGUUAGACCUUAUAUGUAACCCGAGGGUUUCAUCUCAUUAUCUCUAUCAUGAGGGUUUCAAGAUUGUUUAUAGGUGAUGUGAUUUAUUUGUUGGCCGUAAAUAAUUGUCUAACUAUUGUAUGCGCAACACGUAAUAGUCUAUUGUAUCUUGUACUUUGGUUCAUGA